GGCGCGGCGCAGGACGGACAGGGAACAGCGCUGCAGUUUGCAGGAAGCGGCUCGAAUUACACUGAGGGUGCUUGGGGGGUGGGAUGACACCCACUGGAGUGAAGGAGGAGGAGGGAAGUGUGUGGAGACGUAAGGAGGAGAAAAAACCUAGUAAACCUGACAAAGCGUCUGAGAAGCGGAGCGAGGAACUGUCGGCGGAACAGGAGACGCAGACGCGAAAGACGCUCUCUCCAGCGGGGGGACGCACACUGAUGGAUUUUAUGUCAUCUUGCAUCGGACAAACUAUUCUCCCCCUCGCGCCAGCUCCUCUGUAGCUGCAAACUUUCUGUUUUUAACUUGACAAGUGCGCUGCUGGAACACUGGGGCAUGUUUUGCGCACCGGAGGAAACUUGGUGACGGGGAGGAAAAGUUAGUGAAGGGGGGGGGCACAGCCGCAGUUAUGGUUCUCCGAGCUGUUUUCGAAGGAUAAGUGGGAUUUCGCUGCAUGGCACCGGACUACACUGCUCCUCCGGUGUGGAUUAUACCCUCCGAUCUGACUCGAUGCCGGCUGGUUGUGGAAUAGAAAGCUGAAAAGAAGGCAGCGCCUCGCAAAUUUUUUUUUUGGUGCAUUGUGGAGUUGGAGACAUUCCUCCUUCAGGAUUCGGCUCAUGCUCUCGCCUCCCUUAUCUGUGCAUGCCAAAACAGAGAUCUCCACGAUUUUAGUCCUCCCUGCCCAGGUGAUUGGGUGAAUUCCAGUGAGUGACAGGCCGAGCCCGGCUGCAGUUGAUGGUUGGGCGGACCCCCUCAGAUGGGAACAGUGUCCAGGGGGAGAAGGAGAAGGGGAGUAUGGGGAGCGCUGGCCCCCACUAACGGUAUGGCCUCAUGGGCCUGGCUGCUGGCCGCUGUCCUGCUGUCCCUGCUGACGGUCAGCGUGGCCCGGCCGCCGCUCACAGCCACCAAGGAGGAGGACGCCACUCUGGAACCUGAAGAGGCAUCCAACAAAUACCAAAUUUCUAAGCCCACGGUGUGCUCAGUGCACCCAGGGGAGUUGCUGAAGCUGAGCUGCCCUCUGCCAUCGACGGGGACCAUCACCUGGACCAAAGACGGCAGCUCGCUGGGCACCAACAACCGCACGCUGAUAGAGCAGGAGGUGCUGCAGAUCCGUGAUGCCACGCCCAAGGAUUCGGGCCUGUACGCCUGCACCAGCGUUAGCAAAGACACGGUCUGCUUCAUAGUGAAUGUCACAGAUGCCAUUUCGUCGGGAGAUGAUGAGGACGAUACAGAGCGGUCGGAGGACACCGGGGCGGACGGAGAGCAGAUCAGCGCUCCUUAUUGGACCUCAUCAGCGAAGAUGGAGAAGAAGCUGCAUGCGGUGCCAGCUGCCAACACAGUCAAGUUCCGCUGUGCUGCAGGAGGCAACCCCCGGCCCAAGCUGCGCUGGCUGAAAAACAGCAGGCCUUUCCGCCAAGAGGACCGCAUGGGAGGGUAUAAGGUGCGUAGCCAGCACUGGACCCUGAUCAUGGAGAGCGUGGUGCCGUCGGACAAGGGCAACUACACCUGUAUGGUGGAGAACGAGUUCGGAGCCAUCAACCACACCUACACCUUGGACGUAGUGGAGCGCUCCCCUCAUCGGCCCAUUCUCCAGGCUGGUCUCCCGGCUAACACCACUGUGAAUGUGGGAGAGGAAGCCCGCUUUGUCUGCAAGGUCUACAGCGACGCCCAGCCUCACAUCCAGUGGCUGAAACACAUCAUGCAGAACGGCAGUCGCUAUGGCCCAGAUGGACACCCCUACGUCCGGGUGCUAAAGACCGCAGGUGUUAACACCACUGAUAAGGAGAUAGAAGUUCUCUACUUGCCCAAUGUAACAUUUGAAGAUGCUGGGGAGUAUACGUGCUUGGCGGGUAAUUCUAUUGGGAUCUCCUAUCACACUGCUUGGUUGACGGUGCUUCCAGCCCUCGAGAAAAAAGCCGGGCCCUUCUCUCCAGACUACGUUGAGAUCGCUAUAUACUGCGCGGGCGUCUUCCUCAUUGCCUGCAUGGUGGGCAUCGUGGUGGUGUGCCGCAUGAGGAACACGGCAAAGAAACCGGACUUUGGUGGCCAACCGGCAGUGCACAAACUGACCAAGCAGAUCCCUCUGCGCCGCCAGGUAACAGUGUCGGCAGACUCGAGCCAUUCCAUGAACUCUAGUACGCCGCUGGUACGCAUCACGACACGUCGGAGCUCGGCGCACGACGACCCGAUCCCCGAGUACGACCUUCCUGAGGAUCCACGCUGGGAGUUUUCCCGAGACAGGUUGACCCUGGGCAAACCCCUCGGUGAAGGCUGCUUUGGCCAAGUUGUAAUGGCAGAGGGCCUGGGCAUCGAUAAGGAAAAACCUAAGGAAGCCGUGACUGUCGCCGUCAAGAUGCUGAAAGAUGACGCAACUGAGAAAGACCUGUCCGACCUGGUGUCAGAGAUGGAGAUGAUGAAGAUGAUCGGCAAACACAAGAACAUCAUUAAUCUCUUGGGGGCCUGUACACAAGAGGGCCCCCUCUAUGUGAUAGUGGAGUACGCCUCCAAAGGCAACCUCAGGGAGUACCUCCGAGCCCGUCGGCCCCCUGGCAUGGAAUACUCCUACGACAUCACCCGCGUCUCAGACGAACAGCUCACUUUCAAAGAUCUGGUCUCCUGCACGUACCAGGUGGCACGGGGCAUGGAGUACCUAGCAUCGCAGAAGUGUAUACACAGAGACCUGGCAGCCAGGAAUGUCCUGGUCACAGAGAGCAACAUCAUGAAGAUUGCUGACUUCGGCCUGGCCAGGGACGUCCACAACAUCGACUACUAUAAAAAGACGACCAAUGGUCGACUCCCGGUAAAAUGGAUGGCUCCAGAGGCGCUGUUUGACCGGGUCUACACACACCAGAGUGACGUCUGGUCGUUUGGGGUGCUGAUGUGGGAGAUCUUCACCCUCGGGGGCUCGCCGUACCCUGGCAUCCCCGUCGAGGAGCUGUUCAAGUUGCUCAAAGAGGGCCAUCGCAUGGACAAGCCUGGCAACUGCACCAACGAACUGUACAUGAUGAUGAAAGACUGCUGGCAUGCCAUCUCCUCCCAGAGACCCACUUUCAAGCAGCUAGUAGAGGAUCUGGAUCGCAUCCUCACCCUCAACAGCAACGAGGAGUACCUGGACCUGUGCGCCCCCGCAGAGCAGUAUUCCCCCAGCUUCCCCGACACUCGCAGCUCCUGCUCCUCCAGUGACGACUCCGUGUUUUCCCACGAGCCGUUACCAGAUGAGCCCUGCCUCUCCAAGUACCAGCACAUCAAUGGAAACGUCAAAACAUGAGGCCCCCCCCCCCGCACUCUACCGCGAAACACCCCAAAACACACGCAGCACAGACCCCUUCUCUGACAUGCACCCAACCUCCUGCCCCCCCAUCACCCCUCUGGCUCCCAGUGGACUGAAGGAGAACCCAGACGGGACUGGGCCGGUGGCAGCGCUGCUGUCACAGACUCUCACUGCCAUGUGCACACACACAUUACACCCUACACACAUGGCAUGCUCACACGUGGUCUUAAAGGAGAGGACAGGGACCCUGCAGAAGCUGUUUUUUUUUACUGACUGAAUGGACUGAACUUCACCGGGCACCCUCCUCCUCCUCCUCUUCCUCCUCCCCCUUCAUGUAAAUACACAGACUUUUCAUUUUGGUUCUCAUGUUUGUAACCAGAGAGGCAUUAACUUGUUUGGUGAUCCCAUUCCAGUGGCUGGCAUUCCAAGACUGUUGUUUGCUCCUGGAGGAAUGUACAUGGAUCGACGUGAACUUAAAACAAGGGACAAGAGGAGGAAGACAAAAUAGGAAAACAGACUGAGAGACAGAGCUCCGACUAACAAAACAGAGGAGUAGGAGGAGAGCACAUAUAGAAACUGCUCUCCUGUUUAUUUUGUAAUAUUGAUGCUUUUUUUUCUUCACUUCGCUUGAUAAAACUUCCCAAUUAUUCUGGAGAAAAAUAAAUACACAGUAUAAUGUAUAGUGCUGGGUAUAUUUGUAAAUAUAUUCAAAUAUGUAUAAAUAUAUAUUAUAUAUUUACAAUGAAUUAUUUUUUGUAUGGACUCUGAAAUAACCCCAUCCCUUCCUACCUUAACGUUGUGUUUGAGGCAGGAACGCUAACAGGUUACGUGUACAAUACUUCUCUCACACACACACACACACACACACACACACACACACACACACACACACACACACACACACACACAUACAGACACAUUUUAAUACACAAACACCUGUCUUACUCUCACUCAGUAACACAGUUGAGUAUUGGCUUUCAGGGACUGAGGUAGCAUGUUAAUUUAUUGACUUAUGUGUUUUUUGAAAUGAUUCAAGAAGAAAAAAAAGUUUUGGAAAAAAGAACAAAAACAAUGUGGCAGAGAUGAUGACAUUAAUGAUGCUGACAAUACAUAAAUAAAUAAUCCAUUAAAUUUAUGGUAAUUUAAAAUGAUCUUUCAACAGUAACAGAAGAGAAAAGCUAUUUUAGUAGGUUUGAAAGAUCCAGGUUUUGUAAGUUUUAUAUAUGAAUGUGAAUUUUAAGUUAAAUUAAAAAAAAAGUGUACAUUUUAUAGUCAGCUAAUCCCUUUUUUCUUAUGUAGAUGUUGAUACAGUUUCUAUCCAGGCAUUUUACUCUUUCUUAGCUUUUGCUUUAGGAAAGGAGGUUGAUUUCUGGAUAUUUAUGUACGGUUAAAAAGGAAAAAACAGAUUCUUUGGGAAAAAACCUUCUAGCAAUCAGCUCCCUCAUUUAGACUUAAAUAUAGACUACAAAUUCACUUGACAGAAUUGAAAGCUGAAAAACAAAGUAUUAAAUCAUUCAAGUGUUUGUUUGUUUUUUUCUACUGGACCAACUUUAAGAUGCUUGUUUUUUUUUGCAAGUGUUUAUGGCACAUUUGCAAAAUAAAUGAUGGAAAAACA